AUGCCAAACGCCAGCGCGGUUGGGGACAAUGGAAAGGUGAAAUCUGGGAAUGGGAAUUUGGAGUUGAGGAAAGUGUUCCGAGCUCGGCUUUUGGAUUUCUUCAAAUCCCAUCCAGAGGGAGAUGAUAUUCCAGAGGAGGAAUUACCACAUCCGUUCAAUCAAUCAAAGCCGCCAGUGCCUUCUGGUUUGGGUGGUGAGGCGAGAAAUGAAGCUGUGUCUGAGAUUGGUGGCAUCGUCGUCAACCUGUCUAAACCCCCGGCUUCAACGUCCCACCUCUCUCGUUCUUUCAGACGGAGCUUCUCCCAGCGCUGCAUGGCGGAGGACACCAAGCAAGAACAAACGGUUGCUGUCAAUCUUUCCCCUGAGAGGAAAGCUUCUAAAUCUUGUGCUGAUUCGGGCGUUGGAUGCUCGCCUAAUGCUGCUCCUGUGAAGAAGGAUUUGUGUCUCUCUAAAGUCGAGGAAGGUUUGUUCUUGAGUGCUGAAGGAACACCAACUAAACUCGCAUCCACCCCAGCAAAAUCGAUGAGCUCCACACCUGCUCUUUGACCUCCCAAGAGAUGUUAUAUGACUCCAGAAGAGAACGAUUCAGCUAA